AUGCUAACCGCCACACUGGACAGCCAACCAAGUGGGCGGGGCAUCAUCAAGGGCGGUGAGGCGAAUCGACGACGUAUUCAAGUUACGACUGUAUCCGGAUUCUGGCGAAUAAAAGCUGUCGCCGUGUUUCAGAUUCGUCCACUCGACGCUUACAGCUGCCAAUCGCCUCCAAUGCUCGCUCAGCAGAUUCAGCUCAUUCUGCUCCUCAUUUGCCUUUUCCUGCUUGUACUUCCGUCAUUGGCAUGCUUCGGUGGUGGCGGAGGUGGAUGCUGCGGAAUGCAAGCAUGUCCUAUGCCGUGUGCGAAAGGAACUCUUCAAGGACGUGACCUUCACUAUCACCCUGCCGCCGUACUCUUCUUUGCCACAAUGGUGUUGACCGAUGAGGAGCGGGACUAG